AUGCAGGUGAAGGACUCGCUGGUCACCUGGAUCAGAGUCUACCUCACAGGUCGACCACAGUAUGUGAAGCUGCAGAACACCACCUGGGACACCAUGCUGAGCAGCACAGGAGCUCCUCAGGGUCCACCUCACAAUCCUGCAUCUGCAGAAGUUCUGGAUGACUCUGCCAUUGAGGGCUGCACCACUGGAGCUGCUGGAGGCUCUGACAGAGCAGAGGCAGGUGGAGGAUCCAACAGCAGUAUCUGUGAGAGGUGCUGCGCUCACUUCUUCUCUUGGCCUGAGCUGAGCCAGCAUCAGAAGGUCUGCACCGAGGACCCCGUGGUACUCAUUGUGAAGGACAAUCUGCUCCAGGACUCUCUGAUGGAGCCCUCUCCGGUUCCCAGUGUGGCGUCUAGCGACUCAUCUGCAGCAGAGUCCACGGACGCCAGCUUUGAGCUGACGAAAGACAAUGACAGUUUGGAUAUUUUAGAGGAAGGGGGAAGGGAGUGGGAUGAAGUUAUGGAGCUGGACUCUUCCCCUCAAGACAAAUACACAACAUUCAGCCCUCAACCUCCUGACUCAGCAGAAUCCACUUCCUCUCAGGCAUCGGCGUCCGGCAGCUUUGGCAUACCGAGCACCAAUGUCACCCUGGAGAUCCUCCACAGCACCCGUGUGGCUGUGGCCCAGUUCUCCCAGCGAAUCAGCAGCGGUGGUCUGGGAGGUAAAGCAGCAUCGGCUACCAUCCCAGUGAUCCUGGAGCACCUGCUGGCUCUGCAGCAGCAGCAGGUCCACCAGCUGCAGCUCAUCGAGCAGAUCUGCAGCCAGGUGGCCGUCAUGAACAGACAGCCGACCCAGGCUGCGGUAAAUCCAGUGUCCAGGUCUCUGUCUCUGCCGUCAAACCCAGGAACCAUCCCUCCUUCCAUCCUGCCUCUGUCAGGAGCCAUGCCCACCGUUAAUGGACAGGCCACCGUGUCUUUGUCUUCUGCGCUGGAACAGUCCCAGAGCGUCCCUUCACAAACUCUCUGUGGACAGUUGACCUCAGCCUCGUCAGAAAACUCGACCCCAUCUCUGUCGAGCAGCAGCAGCAUGUCUACACUGCUGCCUCUGUUACCACACAGCUGCACCGUCAGUAGCUCUCAGACCCCCAGCUCCUCCAGCCCCCCAUCCCUGACGCCUAGCAGCCUCCUCAGUUCCCCCUGCAGUCUUACAUUUCUACCUCAGAGCCCCCCGAGCAGCAGCGUCAUCUUCCCCAACCCUUUAGCCAGCAUCGCAGCCACGACUAACGCCCUCGACCCCCUGGCGGCCCUGAUGAAGCAGAGGAAAGGCAAACUCCCCAACAUGUCGCUGUUUGAAACCAAGCCCAGCUCAGAGGAGCCCUUUUUCAAACACAAAUGCCGGUUCUGUGCCAAAGUGUUUGGCAGCGACAGCGCCCUGCAGAUCCACCUGCGCUCCCACACAGGCGAGCGACCCUUUAAAUGCAACAUCUGCGGGAACCGCUUCUCCACCAAGGGCAACCUAAAGGUGCACUUUCAGAGGCACAAAGACAAGUACCCCCAUGUUCAUAUGAACCCCUUCCCUGUGCCGGAGUACCUGGACAACGUGCCGACAAGCUCUGGGAUUCCAUACGGCAUGUCCGUCCCUCCAGAGAAACCUGCCUCCUCGUGGCUGGACAGCAAGCCGGUCGUAGCGACUCUUACUGCUAAUGUGUGUCUUCCUCUGUCCUCUGCUGGAUCAGAUGAGCCUGUAAGUGUAACAGCAUCUGUUCAGUCUUAUCAGGCAGCUCCUGGUGAAUGUGUGUCUGUGUCACCCAACUACAGAGGCAGUGAGGGUCGUUUCUCUCCCAUUUCAGACUCGAACCCGUCUCCCGUCUCCUGCUGUCCAUCCCUUAUGGAUUCUAUGCAAACAUCAGAAACCUUGAAGCUCCAGCAGCUGGUGGAGAACAUUGACAAGAAGAUCACCGACCCCAACCAGUGCACUCUCUGCCACCGGGUGCUGAGCUGUCAGAGCGCACUGAAGAUGCACUACCGGGUGCACACGGGUGAAAGGCCCUUCAGGUGCAAAGUGUGCGGCAGAGCGUUCACCACCAAAGGAAACCUGAAGACCCACAUUGGUGUCCACAGGGAAAGUUCUUCAGUUCAGGCGCAGCACUCGUGUCCCAUCUGUCAGAAGAAAUUCACCAACGCCUUGGUUCUCCAGCAGCAUGUACGUCUGCACGUGGUUGGACACACUCCUGAUGCGCUGCAGGCAGUGGAUAACUUCAACAGUCUCAGCAGCAACGAGCUCACAGAUGAUGUCUCGAUGGAAGAGGAGGAGGAGGAGGAAGAAGAAGACGUAGAAAACAUAGAAGAAGAAAAAACUGUUCCUAAACCUUUUAUCUCUGAUUGCAGAUCUCCAUCUAAACCUUUGUCAUCGAGUGCAACAGCUCUGGAGGACCAAAUGAGGAUUCUAAACCACUGUUUCACUGUAACCCCCCCCACUAACGGAGUCAAGGACAGCCUGCUGCUCAGUGCUGACGGGGUUUCAUCAGAGAAGAAGGUGGAGGUCAGCAGCAAACGCAGCCCACGUGUGUCUGAAUCUUCCUGCUCACCUUCUUCCCCUCUUCAGAGCUUCUCAGAUGCCUCAAGAGUCAAAUUACUGGCAGGAAACAACAAACAGGAAACCCACGAGGUUCUGUUGGUCUCGGUGAAGAGAGAACAACCCGAGUCUCCAAAAUCUGCAGCUGACCCGAGAGCAGAGCCGAACAAACACUGUGUGAAGGAGGAGCCCCCUUACAGCCUCUCGUGCCAGCUGAGCCGAGACAGAGGUCAGAACCUCUCCGGCUCCAUCAAAGCUGAGGUGAACGGUCACAGUCAGGUGGAGGUUCCUUUCAGCUCCAGUUGUCCGUCUGUCGGCAGCCCCGGCGUGACCUCCCUCCUCGGCCCGGCGCCGCCUCGACGAGCACCCAAACAGCACAACUGCAGCGCCUGCAGGAAGAACUUCUCAUCGGCCAGCGCCCUCCAGAUCCACGAGCGCACGCACACCGGAGAGAAACCGUUCGUCUGCUCCGUCUGUGGCCGAGCGUUCACCACGAAAGGCAACCUGAAGGUUCACAUGGGAACCCACAUGUGGAACAACGCCCCGGCCAGGAGGGGUCGGCGUCUGUCCGUGGAGAACCCCGGGGCUCUGCUGCGCGGGGAGGCGCUGAAGUUUGGGGAGGCCUUUCAGAAGGACCUGGCGACCCGAGCAAUGAGCGUGGACCCCGGGUUCUGGAGCCGCUAUGCCGCGGCCAUCACCAACAGCUUGGCCAUGAAGAACAACGAGAUCUCUGUGAUCCAGAACCCGGGCCUCGUGCCACUCCACCCGCUGACGGCAGCAAGCGUCACCAGGGGAACGAUAACUGGCCUCAACAGGACCACCGUGGACCUGGGAUCAAUAACCGGCCUCAACAGGACCACCAUGGACCUGGGAUCAAUAACCGGCCUCAACAGGACCACCGUGGACCUGGGAACCAACCGACACUUUUCCAUGCUGAUCGACGACGGCAAAGAAAUCGGAAUCAAUUAAAAUAAAAGCUGAAUGUUGAUGGAGUUUAUAUGCAAAAUAUUAAAGUCUUUUUAUUUGCAAAGCAAAUGAAAAGACUUCUUC